UGCCACAUCUUCCACCAGCCGUUAAAGCUUCAGCAUCGCCAGUAGCCUGGAGUAAAACAAACAAUUGGUUGAUAAUAUUUCCGCUAGAACCUUGAGAAUCAUUCAGCCUUAAAUCAUAUUUAACGUAGUUUUUUUCCCACGUGUACAUUGAAUUGGUUAACUGAAGACGUUGAAGUUGAAUUCAGUCCCCUCAAGACGACAUAAAAGUGGAACGACCAAAGCGGACUUUUCUACUGUCAAACUCCCAAAUCCUCCUGUCAAAGGAGAGGAGAAAACGGAGCAGUGUUCCAAAGAUAAAAGAGGAUCGUGGAGAGCUUCCAAGGACACUGCAGAAACAUCAACCCAACUAUUAGCCGGCUGCCAGGAACUCUGCAUCAUGGGAAAACAGAACAGUAAGCUUCGGCCCGAGGUUCUCAACGAUUUGCGAGAGAACACAGAGUUCACUGACCACGAGCUGCAGGAGUGGUACCGUGGUUUUCUCAAGGACUGCCCCACCGGCCACCUUACGGUGGAGGAAUUCAAGAAGAUCUACGCCAACUUUUUCCCUUAUGGAGAUGCUUCCAAGUUUGCGGAGCACGUCUUCCGCACAUUCGACACAAAUGGCGACGCCACCAUCGACUUCAGGGAGUUCAUCAUCGCCCUUAGCGUGACAUCACGUGGCGGGCUGGAGCAGAAACUGCGGUGGGCGUUCAGCAUGUACGACCUGGAUGGGAACGGGUACAUCAGCCGGGCAGAGAUGCUAGAGAUAGUUCAGGCCAUUUAUAAGAUGGUCUCUUCAGUGAUGAAGAUGCCCGAGGAUGAAUCUACACCGGAGAAACGCACAGAUAAGAUCUUCAGACAAAUGGACAUCGACAAUGAUGGUCGUCUGUCCUUGGAAGAGUUUAUUAAAGGUGCCAAGAGUGACCCAUCCAUUGUCCGACUGCUGCAGUCCGAUCAGGGAACCUCUCGUCAGUUCUGAGGCGAAAACCACGUACUUUUAAACAUGUGCAGCACUCCAUGUCUUUUGUUUACAUCAGGGUUUCCCAAAACUUUCAAAUUUGGUUCCUCUGCUAAAGUCAAUCAUGUACUUCCAUGACAGAAAAUUUAGUAGUAAACUAAACCAUUGACAAAAAGUUUUACCGAAAACAAAACAAAAAAUACUUCUGUGACCCAUAACCCAAUUGGGUCCAGCCCCUUAGUUUGAGAAACCCUGUAUUUCACAAUUAUAUUAUAGUGGCUUAUUUUCCUGUGCUUUGUUGCAUUUUUUCCCAUGUGUAAAAGCUUUCCACCAACUUUGUGCCAUAUCAUAUAUUUAUAUUGACUGGAUUUUUUGCAUUCAAGUAUUAAAACGAAAGCUAUGUUACAUGAACAGGGAACGAAUUACAUCACUAUGUAAAGAUUAUAAUUCACUUCAACUGUGUUGUUCCUCAGGAAUGCUUGAUGGCUGUUCUACACAAAAUAUAUACAGUGGGGCAAAUAAGUAUUUAGUCAACCACUAAUUGUGCAAGUUCUCCCACUUGGAAAUAUUAGAGAG